AUGUGCAUCGUGUUCUGGUCUGAUACACCGAUCUACAGCCUAGUUGUCGCCUCGAAUCGCGACGAGUUCCUUGCGAGACCGACGACAGACGCAGCGUGGCACUCCUGGGACCCCCGUGCGCUUGCCGACGAGCCCGACGAGCGACGACGGACGCUGGCUGGCCUCGACUUGAAUGCCGGAGGGACAUGGUUCGGGAUCUCGCUCGCGCCUGAGGACGGACCUGGCACGGGGCACGGACGACGGAUGCACUUUGCGACGCUCACCAACUUCACCGAGGAGAUCCCGCCCGGAACGAGGCCGUCUCGAGGCCAGCUUACCCGCGACUUUCUCGACCGCAUCUCGUCCUCCUCUGCCUCCGAGUCUACCCUUGAAGACUACCUCGCCAUCGUCGAGAAGCAGAAGCAGGAUUACGCCGGCUUCAACCUCGUCGUCGGCGAAAUCAGCCGCCCUCCUCCCGCCGAUUCUGCGUCUCGAGAAACCCAAGUCCACCUCGCCUACAUCUCGAACCGCGAGAACCCGCGCAAACGAGCUCGUGUGCUCCCUCCGCUACCGCAUGCAGGCGCUGGGGUCGUAGCCGGCUCCGACGGUUCGAAGCGGGUGCGGGCGGUGAGCAAUGCGACUCUCGAGGUCGAAGAUGGAGAGGAGGAGUGGCCAAAGGUCAAGGGCGGGGCAGCGGCACUCGAGCAGGUGCUACAGGAUGUCGAGCGGGAUGGGCUGUCUAAGGAGGAGCAGGAGAAGGAGCUGGUGGAAGGAAUGUAUCGGGUACUAAGCACCGCACAUCCGUCGCCCAUACUACACCGCACCCAUCUCCGCCAUACCGUCCUCGUCCGCCCUCUCGCCCUCGACCCCUCCGCACCUCUCCCCGCCAUCCCUCCUCCCUUUCCCUCCACCUCUCCCUCCCCGUCGCCUCUAUCGCCCGACUCGACAAAACGAGAAGGAGAAGACGGCGUCCAUUGGUACGCGACGAGGGUGCAGACGUUGUUGCUUGUUGAGCGCGAGACGGGACGGGUGGUCGUGAGGGAGAGAGAGGCGUAUGUGCUUGAUGAGGAAGGACGGCCAAAGUGGAGCGGGAAGGAGAGGGCGUUCGAGUUUGUGCUGUAG